GCUAGAAUGGAACGGCCCUCUAGGUCCAACGGGAACGAGACCCAGAACCCGCAGUAAUGCUCUCUAGCGAGAAGUCAAUGUAGUUACCCAUGUGGACAUUAUUCAUUUGAUGACAUUGUUUCCUUUGACAUUAUGUGAAGACAGGAGCAGCCGUCCACUUAGGAACGAUCGAACACCAAUGGCCGGCAACUUUAAAUCGGUCUUUUAAAACGCACCAUGGCUUCUCGCUCAAGCUUGUACAAUGAAGACAGGAAUCUGCAGCGCAUCAGGGAGCGGGAGCGGAGAAAUCAGGAGGUGCACCAGGAGAAGGAUCUCUACCUGGAGAAUGUGCCUCUCUUCGGAGAGCCCUAUAAGACAAACAAGGGGGAUGAGCUGUCCAGCCGCAUCCAGAGGAUGUUGGGUAAUUACGAGGAUGUGAGGGAACUCUUGGGGUGCAACGCUCCGCAAAGUCUCGCAGAUGCACCAAAGAGCCUUCAAACCCAAGGGUCCUAUAAUGCACCUGGUCACACGGACAAAACAACCCCCCCAUAUCAGCCACCUCCGCCAAGGCUGCCCAGGUCUGAUUUACCUUGUGACAGCUCUUCUAAGCCCCAAAAGAAACUUUCUGGACCAGAGCAAGGCCAGCUGAUCUCUAACUCGUCCUCCCUGGACCUUGAACCAAGAAGCCCUGGCACCCAGUGGAGUAGGGGCAAGGCAUGGCUGGAACCAGGCGAGUGUGUCAGCCUUCCCCCUGUCCUCUCUCCUCCUGCAGACCCCCUAUCUCCCUUGCAUUCCAGCAGUCCCAGUGACACUGAGGCCCAAGAUGUUGAAGACAAGGAAAGUCCUUCCAGCCAUGGUCCCUCUCCUGGUCCCUGCAGGUAUUCUAGCCCAGAGGCCCAGAAGGAUGCUCCCUCUCAGGUCGAGACUGCAGUGCUCCCCUCACAGACCUUUCCACCACCUCUGGUCUCCAAGUCCAGCCAGGUCAUGCUUCAGAAACCCACUGCCUAUGUCAGGCCCAUGGAUGGCCAGGACCAGGUGCCUGUAGAAUCGCCAGAGCUCAAACCCUCUCCUGAGGACUAUCACAGACAGUCUUAUGAAAACUUGCCUCACCUAAAGAGCAACCAAAAACCCACCUUCUCAGAACUAAACAUCCCUCCCCAUUCAGUUGAGGCUUCGAACGAUGCUCAGUGUGUUGAAGACAUUCUUAGGGAAAUGACCCACACUUGGCCGCCGUUGCUGACAGCCAUUCACACGCCGAAUAAAACCGAACCUCCUAAAUUCUCCUUUCAUCCAAAGGAAUCGCAGCACAUUCAUCCUGGAAUUUCAGGACAAAAAUCCUAUGGAUCAUCUUCAAAAGUACUGCCAGCAAACUGCCAUCCAGGAUCAUCCAUGGCUCAAGGUAGUGUGGCAUCAACACAUUCCAGUGGAGUCGAGUCGGGAAGCUCCAGUGAUUCUGAGAACACUUCGGAGUCCGAGUCAGACAGCGACAGUAGUGAGAGCGACGGUGAGGAGGCGUCCCUACCCCAGAAGAGCAACCCACCUGCACCUGUGACGGAUGCUUCUGUUGCAAACAAAUGGCAGCUGGACAACUGGCUGGUCAAGGUCAACCAGCAAAAUUCGAAUAUGGAGAACAUGGAAGAUAUGGUCCAGAGUCCCAGUCCAGCUGUCCAGAGUCAACCACUUAGGGAAAGAGGGAAAGAAGACUACACAAAUGACUACAAAUCCCAUAAUCCUUCUCUACAGUGUGAUGUCAGCAGUAGUGAUGUUAAGUUAGUGGAUGAGGGCUCUGUCUGCCCACCUGUCUGUCAGAAGUCUCCAUCACGAGCAGACAACACUAAUCAGAGGGAGAAAGUGGGCAACAAGCACCCGUCCAAAGUGAUUAAGCUUCCUACGACCACCCAGGCAGGCCUGGUCGUGGAGACUGUGGAAUUGCCUCUCCAUGACAAAGACAGGACUAUGACGGAAACACUGCACCUCAAAACAAAAGACCUGUGUGAGAAAGCUGAGUCAAAAGGAGGUGCCAAGAAGCCUACUAAACAUGUGUCCUCCAAAAAAAAACUUAAGGAGUCCAGUCCAAAGGAGACCUUGUCCCUGCAAUGCAAGAGGGAACAGGAUAUGGGCAGACUGCCAAGCACAGUCCAAGCUCGCCAGCCAUCUCCACUGGUGCAAAAGAGUAGUGUGGCUUUGGAAAGACCUUCUCAGAAAGGCCCAAAGAAAGCUAGGUGCCAGUCCCCUACUAGUGAGAGCAGGCGCGCUCCUCAGCAAAAGGACUCACUGAAGCCUCCUCAUUCCUUGGUUGUGAAGAUUGACCUUACUCUGCUGUCCAGGAUCCCUCAUGCAAGAGCAGGGACCACUUCCACUGUGGAGCCACUAAUUGCUGACAUGCCAGGCAGGAAGAAGCAGAAGAAAAAGAAAGAGAGCUGUGAAGCACCCUCCAGUAUCUCCAAAAAGAGAUCAGCUGAGAAAGAUGAAAAUUCCAGGCUAAUGAAGAAACUAAAACUUGAUAAAGCAAACAAGCCUUCCCCCUUCAAUCAUGGCUCCAGCUGUAAUGCCAAGGUGCCCAAGAGUGCCCAUUGGGAGAAGGACAAAAAGAAAGCCAAGAAAGGCGUACCCCUUUCAACAGUGCCUCCCCCGUCUGAACCCCUUGCCCCCCGGGUGCCGCAGGAAGAGCCAGGCCAUAAGCGCCAGGGAAGUGGGGACCACAGUGACAGCCAACCCCCAGCGAAGCACAAGAAGCGUCAGGCUAAAUGCACACAGCAGCCUGAGACUAGCAAGGUUGGCAGCUCCUCUCUAGACAGGAAUGCCGCACACGGUGGCUUUACCUUCCCGGGAUCUGCACGACCUCCCAAAGCACCUCAGCCACACCGUCCACUGCUCAAGUUCGAGGAUAGGCAGUACCCUGUGGAGUACCACAUGAAGGAAGCAAAGAAGCUGAAGCACAAAGCAGACGCAACGGUGGACAAGAUAGGCAAAGCCUUUAACUACCUGGAUGCGGCCAUGUCUUUCAUCGAGAGCGGCAUCGCUAUGGAGGUUGAUCCCCAGACCCCAAAAUCUGCAUACACCAUGUUCUCUGAGACUGUGGAUUUGAUCAGAUUUAUAAUGAAACUGAAGAGCUCUCUAGAAGCAACUGGUCCUGCUGUGGAGAAAGAUUUCACAGUUUUAUGUAUGCGAUGCCAGGCCCUUCUGCAAAUGGCAAUGUUUCGCCUCAAACGCGAAGCUGCACUUAAGUAUUCGAAAACACUUUCUGAGCAUUUUAAGAAUUCCUCAAAGUCAUCGCUGACUCCCACGCCGUGUGUCUCAAAAAGUACAGGCGCAUCAUCUUCGAUGUCACCAGCCCCACCUCUGCCCGGCAUGAGCUCUGGGCUCGGGUCUAAUCCUAGCAGCGGGACGGGCUCCUCUGCCACUGUCGCAAUUCCCCAGGUCAUCCAGCAGGUGGCUGCCUCCUACGUCAACAUUACAGCCCUCUUUCUGAGCGCACAUGACACCUGGGAGCAGUCAGAGGCCCUCACACAUAAGGGUAGUGGAUUGCUGUUGGACCUGGACUCUGCACUGGGCCCGCUGAGCCUAACCUCCAGCAUGACCUUACUGGUACGCCACAUCCGACAAGCACUGUACUGGCUGAGACUGGACACUACCUAGUGUGCCGACCAUCCGUCACCGUCCCCCAUAUGGGCCUGACCACUUGAAGAACACAAGAACCUUAACCUUUGCCCCAUCCCCCUCUUUUUUCAGUGAGCCACUUUUAUGAUAAGUGGCACAAUGCGACUUUUUGCCUAUACCAAAGAUAACCUGAGGGAAGUUAAAACCCAGUCCAUCUGUCGCCUCCCUGAUGAUCAGCACGCUGUCGCAUACUGCUGUGGUUCUCGCACACGUCAGCUAUACCUCAUCUCCAAAAUACCCAUCUCUGAUUUCCGAAUUCAUAUGUAGAGGAGCAAUUCCUUUGUGAAUGUGAAGUUGAUACCGAGGGACUUUGGAUCGAGGAUCGUGGGGGUGGCCAGUGCUCUGUGGCCACAUGGCUGCUGGCUACUUCAGUUUUACCAGUCAGCCUGCUCCCAGAAUGUGUGGAUGCCUUCUCCUGUGCCACGUCUGGCCGCUGAAAUUUGGGGAGGAGUGUUUAUCCGUCUUGAAGAGAAUGAACACAAUUUCUAUGAGGCGUGAUCGGGCCGUAUUGUCGAAUAAGUGAGAUGGCUGGCAUUACAGUCCUCCCUCCCAUUCAAAUUUAUUUGAGUGCCAACCUUUUUUCCUGCAUUUUGCCAGGUGAUGAUAAAUUAUUUAUUCUUAUUUGUCUGUUAUUAUUUAAAAAAAAAAAAAAUGUGAUAAUUUCAUGCAAUCAUCAUUUUGAGGUAGUGUGUAGACAUUGUGAUGCUUCUGCCCAGGAAACUGUUCACCAGUGUGGCCCUCAAGAGAAUUAUCAGGUUAUUAACACGCUGCUCAAGUAUAAAACAACUCCCACCAUCUGUUUAGUGACAGCUGAGUCCAAAUUACAGCAUAGACUCUUGUCCCAACCUUUAGUGUGAUAUUUUUAGACUAAUUAGGAGGUAGCAGUGUCAUCAAAGAGCAUUGUUGACAAAGAUGAGGAUUUUGGUAAAAUAUUUUUAUAUGCAACCUUUAAUUUAUGGAGACUCUAUGGAUUUAGCCGGUAGUUAAAUGGAAUGAGUGUUUUGAUUUUCCUUGUUGAAAGAGAGAGAUAUUCACCUUAGAAUGCCUGUGUCCAGGGCAUUAUAACCAGUCAUAGCCGAAUGUCUGAUUUGAUGGGCUUUAUUAUUUUGCUCACUUGUAACUUUUUUGUUGGGAUAGAUCCUUUUUUAUUCAACCAUUGAUAGAAAAGGAAACUGCAAUAAAAUGGAAAUGGAAAAUCAUUUGACUGCAUAAGUCCUUGUCUUCAAGUUAAUAGUUCUACCUCAUCAAUAUCAAAAACCGGAUGUAGACACGUAUAGAAAGGGGUGCGUUCCAAUCGGACGCUGUUGUUUUUGUUCCUGUGUCAUUUCAUGCUGGAAUUUUGAUUGUAAAGGGACCGUGAAUUCAUCUUACUUUUUUGAGGGGGCAGGGGAACUGACAAAAUGACUGCUUUCAGGUCGAUUAAAUGUGUGCCUUAGCUUAUAAAAGCUGUCGACUAGAAUUUGUCUUCCCAAGUCUUUAGAAGACUUGUAUAUCAACAAACUUUUGAAAUUUAGGAUGGGCAUAUAAACAAUGCAAGUGGAUUUUGGGAAGAAUUUGUGCUUCAGAGGUAGAAACCUAGCAAUGUAUUUGGAAUAAUGGCAGCAAUUUACAGUCUUAGUCUCUGAAAUAAAAAGGUACGUUCUUCGUAUGAGGCACUUUGCGUUAUUUGUGACAAAACAUGUUGCCAUGAGUUUAUAUAUAACAACCCCUCUGCCAUGAAGUCUGUUAUUUUGAAACUGUGCUUCUCUGAACUUGUGAAAACAAAAAUUGGUUUCAUGUCUUCAUGGCAGGUGAAGAAAGCUGAACAAAUCACUACAAAUGUUACGAGGAAAUUUUUUAAUGAAUGAAUAGGGACUGAAUAUCUGAAUGAAUUUAGACAGUAAUUCACUUUGUUUUUUUUUCUUCUGUACAAAAGGAGCUCUGAAAGGUCCUGGUUGAAAACAUCAAAAUAUAAACACGGCAUAUUUACUACAUUUUCGAACAUAAGAUAUGCAGUGUACAUACUGUCUGUCCACUAGAGCGUUAACUUGGCCAUGAAUUUUGAGGGCCUCGCUUCUCUAGGCCAAAACUACGGAAUACCUUUUGCUCUUAGGGUUGUCUUUCCCACUUUCUUCAAUGUGCCUGUUUGCACAAACUACAGAGUAUUUGCUUUGCCUUUUAGUGUAUUUUAGUGUGCCUCGACUACAAUUUUCCUAUCAGCUUUCAGUGACAUGUUGACUGGUAGUUACCGAUCAUCUUGGAUCAGCACCAGUUUUCACAGUCCUAAAUGUAUUUAUAAAAUGACUCAUUAUUUAAUUUGUUACCCAUUUUCUCCAUAUGGUGAGAGAGGUUUCAACGUAUUACACUUUUUGAUUUUUGAAAGUUUUGUUUAUGACCAAAUAAAAUUUGUACAUGUAUUUUUAAUUUUCACCCUUCCUUAUUGUAGUUUUCAGCCCUCAUAUGCCAAGUGAAGAAAUCUUUUCUGUACCUAAGAUGACCUAUAUGAUUGAAUCAGUUGUAAUAUUGAGUGGAAAUUGAUGCAUUUAGUAUCAAUAUUUAAAACUACAAUAAAGUUAAC